AUUCGUGUCAAAGAUGGAUUCCAAUCCUGACGUUCAAGAACACGAAUCGUGUGCGAAAAGAAUCAAACUCGAUCUCGGAGAGUCUAAUAUUGGUGAAUUGUGCAAUGGAGAAGGUUUUUCUUGUUUUUCCACAUCGUCCACGGGCCCGAUUGACAUCUCAGAAGGCAUCUCUGCCGAUGGCGAUUCGGGCUACGAGGCGUCCACCCUGGAGUCCAUGCCGACCCCCUGCUCCUCCUACCACAAGUCGCCGCACGCCGAGAGCGUGUCGGGCGUGUCCGACUGUUUCCGGCAAACUCCGUCAUCACAAUCCGACGCGUUGGACGUCAGCCAGGACGGCCUUGAGGCGGACGAGAAUGACGAGGAUGACGAUGACGAUGCGUCAACUGUCAGUCAGCUGAGCGGACUGUCGGACCUGUCGGGACAGGAUUGGAAGCCGAUGGCCGGCAGCAUGAUAUGGAUUCAACAGCAAAUGCAGAAGGGUGUCAACCCUAGGGAAUUGCUGUCGGAAUUGGGUGUUGACUAUGGCCAAAUACCAGACUACGUGGAUGACGUCACCAUAUGGAAAAUUGUUAUAAACAUGUUGGCUGAACCUCCACGCAGAAAUAAGCUGAGACACGUCAAUACUCUAGAUGAUGUCGUAAGAUUAUUAAAAGGUGCCCAAAAUAUAAUUGUUCUGACAGGAGCUGGUGUUUCGGUAUCUUGCGGCAUUCCCGACUUCCGAUCCAGGGACGGCAUCUAUUCCAGACUGGCCAUCGAUUUCCCUAAUCUUCCAGAUCCCCAGGCCAUGUUCGACAUCAGCUUUUUCAGCCAGGACCCGAGACCGUUCUUCAAAUUCGCCAGGGACAUCUAUCCAGGAAAAUUCAAGCCCAGCCCUUGUCACAGGUUUAUAAAGCUGAUGGAGAAACACAGGAAACUUCUGCGCAACUACACGCAAAAUAUCGACACUUUGGAGAAGGAGGCACACAUCGAAAGCGUCAUCGAAUGUCACGGUUCUUUUGCCACUGCCACGUGCACCAAAUGCGGACAUAAAGUGACGGCGGACGCGAUCAGAGACAUUGUUUUGGCACAAAAAAUCCCGUUGUGCUCGGUGUGCCACCUGGGCAAAGAAAGUGCCGUCACCACUGACGAUUUGAAAUCGUUGGCAGAAGGCAGGGAUUUUAGGGAACUGGUGGCAUCCGGGAUAAUGAAGCCGGACAUAGUCUUUUUCGGCGAAGGCCUGCCGGACACCUUCCACGAGGCCAUAGCACGAGACAAAUCCGAAUGCGAUCUUCUGUUGGUGAUUGGCAGCUCCCUCAAAGUUCGCCCGGUCGCACUCAUUCCCAGCUCACUGCCCGCCCACGUGCCCCAAAUACUCAUCAACAGGGAACCGUUACCGCAUUGCCACUUCGAUGUGGAGCUUCUCGGCGAUUGCGACGUCAUCAUCAAUCAUCUCUGUCGAUUAUUGGGGAACAAGUGGGAGGAGGGGAUCUCCAGCGAUGAGCAGGAGUUGCACCAGUGUCAAACGCUGCUGCCUUUGGAAAAAGAUUCAUCUGUCAAAUCGACGGAUUACUUGCUGGAGGAUGUAGGUGGCAGUAGUAGUAGCAUUUGUCGAUGUGACGUCACUCGUGCAACAACGGACACAGACGUUCUGGCCUGUAAUUAUUGUACGUGCCCGAAGCUGGUCGAGGAGGACAGAGAGUCGAGAUGCGGUAGUACGGGCAAAGAGCGACACAUGUCGAUCGAUUCGGCCCGUGAUUCCGGCAUCGGGGAAAAUUCCAAUUUCACCGAAGACAACAAAUACGACGACGCGGAAGAGAACAACGGCAGCGGGGACAGCUUCUCGUUGGAGAUUUGCAAUGAGCCGUCCACCUCGGUCGAGGAGCGGUGUCCCUCUACCGGCGAAAGCCACACGGACCUUCGUGGCUACUGGCAACCCAAGGUGAAGAAGAGCCUGGCUGACCGACUACCAACGAACUCCUUCCACCUGGUGCCUCCCAGUCGGUACGUCUUUCCCGGGGCCGAGGUGUUUUACGACCCGGACGAGAAACAGCCCUUCGAGGAGGAAGAGGGCGACUCUUCUUCCUCCUCCUCUUCCGCGUCUUCGGAUCAAGAGUCCGGCGGCGAGUAGCUGUUGUCUUUUUAUUGAGUUUUUCUUCGGUCUUUAUUCGUCCGUACACAACGCGUCUGCAACUAGGAACAUUUUUUAUUGGCGACAGGAUGCGAUUUUGCGGGAUUUCUUGGCUGAUACAGAGAAUGUUUGCUAAUUAGGCUAAUCACUUUAGCAAAAAUGGAGAAAAAAGGCAACAGAGCAUUUCAAACUUUUAUAGAAGUUGUAUUUUGGUGUUGAAUGGAACUAUACAAAUUUGUCCCCUCGUACAAUGCCGGCAACAUUGUUAAAAAUGUGAAUAUCAACAAUUUUGGUUAUUUUGCAGAGAAAAAAUGCAAAAGAGUGGCAAAACAAAAGAAAUAUUUGUUCUCUAAUUAUGCGACCAUUUCCGAGUGUGGCAUCACAGGCCAGACCAUCACAACAUGUUUUUUCAUCUAUUUCAAACAGCGAAGCCUUUAUCUCACUUAAACAUUUCAAUGCCACACCCUGUAUAUCGGAAACGAAGUCCCUACGCAAACAUAUUUAAUGAGGUUCCCAUCUUAAAAUGUGUGUCUUUUCUGUGGAAGGUUACAAAAUAUCACUUUUUCGUCAAUUUUUUUUCCCUCACUGCCUCACAAAGAUUAUGCUGGAGUUGAAAAAUUGAAAACUAACUAAAAAAAACAAAUGCCAGAAAUCUAGUGUUUAUCUCCAGAAUUGAAUAAGGAUGGAGCAAUACAAUGCAUGGGAGCUUCGAAUAACGAACGAAUUACAAAAUAUCACUUUUUCAUAAAUUUUUUUUCCCUCACUGCCUCACAAAGAUUAUGCUGGAGUUGAAAAAUUGAAAACUAACUAAAAAAAACAAAUGCCAGAAAUCUAGUGUUUAUCUCCAGAAUUGAAUAAGGAUGGAGCAAUACAAUGCAUGGGAGCUUCGUUUCCGAUAUACAGGGUUUCAUAGUUUGUAUGACCCCAAAAGUGUAUCAUCGUGCAGGUAUUCAAGAAGGCUUGAUAGCCUCAAAUAUUGCGUUUUAAAAGUGUACCAGGCAAACUCUGACAUACAAACAAUUCGAAUUGCUCGAUAUAAUUCAUGAAAGUGUCACUUUCAGCUCCUAAUUCUUCAGCCUAAAAUCUGAACCAUGAGAAUGCACUGAGCAAAGUAGCAUUCUGUAAGUAAUAAGUAUACGUUUUGCAAUAUACAGAGUGUUUAUUUUUUUAUCUAGUGGAAGGGAAGCUAAUUCAACUAAUCUAAUAUUAUUUUCGUUCCUUGAAAUUCCGAAAAUCGUUCAGGAAAAUGUUCUCAGUUGCAAGUAUGGAUGUUCACUUGUUGUCUUUUUAUUGAUAUUUUAUGGACGCGUGUCUGU